AUGGAGACGCUUCGCAGGAUUAACCGCACCAUUGCGGUCAAGCAGGAGGCAGGCUCACUCGGCUCGUCGCGGUGGUCCAACAAAGACCUCGACCCCGUACCGGCGAAUCAGCGGACAUGGACAGCGAUGGACGUCGCCUCGUACUGGAACAGUGAUCAGAUGGCGCCUGCUACGUGGGACCUCGGCUCCACGUUGGUCGGACUCGGGCUAUGCGCUCGCGAAGCAAUCCCGCUCUCUUUCGUCGCCUUUUUCGUUAUCGGCAUCGUUCUUACGCUCAACGGCAGGAUUGGCGCGACGACGCAUUGCUCCCUCCCCGUCGUUAUUCGCGCGUCGUUUGGCAUGUGGGGUUCUUACCUCGCCAUCCUCGUCCGUCGAUCCGUCACUGGUUGGAGCGGAACCAAAGCUCAUGCGAUUCCACCAGCAGAGGGAGGCAGGAUCGUCGCUGUAAUGACGGGAGCGAUUUGGCCCAGCUUCCUCAAGAUCCCCAACACGCUUCCGCCGAACCUCGGCAUUGAUACGCAGACGAUUAUCGGCUUCGCCAUCCUCUGGGUCUUCCAGGCGCCUCUCGCCUGUGUCCCCGUCCGACGCCUCGCCUUCUUCUUCAAAAUCAAGGCGUGGUCGUCGUACAUCCUGUUCGGAGCGCUCUUCAUUUGGGCGAUGGUCGUCACCAAGGGCAAGGGCUUUAUCCUGACUGGCCACUUCGACGAGAAGUUGCUUCCCCAAGGGUCGCGGAGCUGGGCGAUGAUUGCGGGACUGAAUGCAGUGACGGGACUGUACUCGACGGUCUCGAUCAAUAUCCCGGAUUUCAGUCGAUUCGCCAAGUCGCCCAAAGCCAGCUGGGCACAACUCGUUGCCGUCCCCGUCUUCGGCUGCAUCCCUAUCGCCAUCUCGAUCUGCUGCGCCGCCGCCGCCGAGCAGAAGUACGGACAGCAGGUCUUCGACCCCGCCAGUCUCUGCGCCUUAUUCGACUCGCGCGCGGCCAGGUUCUUCGCCGGGUUGGGAUGGUUCAGCAGCACCAUUGGAGUCAAUAUCAGCGCGAACUCGAUCUCUUUCGCCACCGACAUCACCUCCGUCAUGCCUCGGUACCUCUCGAUUUUCCGCUGCUCCGUUCUCGCCGGCAUCCUUUGUUGGGCGACGAAUCCUUGGCGCAUUGUCACGGACGCGCCUCAGUUCUACUCCUUCCUCUCGUCCUACCCCGUCUUCCUCGCCCCCGUCGCCACAAUCCUCGCCACCGACUUCUACAUCGUCCGCAAGGGCAAAGUCGACGUGCGGCAGUUCUACGACCCCGAAGGAAUCUACCGCUACUUCCACGGCGUCAACCUCAGAGCCGUCAUUGCCUGGAUCUUCGCGCUCGCGCCCAACCUCCCCGCCUUCGCACACGCCGUUGACCCGAAGAACCCGAACCCUCAGCCUUACACGUACUACUUUUCAUGGUACAUGUCGACCUUUGGCGCCUUCGCGGUCUACGAGGUGGGCACCAUCGAAUACUCGGAAUCGACUGUCGCGUCGAGCGCGGAGAAGGGCGAGGUGGACGCGGAGAAGGAUGACGCUGCGGGUGUCGUCGCUGUGUAA